AUGCCAAGUAAGGAACAGUCAGACAUUCUGGUUGGAAAGUAUUUCGAAGCCGUUGAUCCAGUGUAUCCAAUAGUACACCAAGAAGCCUUCCAAAAGGACUACGAAGACUUUUGGCUGCUUCAGUCAGUUGACCGUAAGCAUUCCGAUGGCUCUCUGGUUGCUCUGGUCUUCGUCAUGCUCGCAAUGGGCACUCAAUUCGUAGCGAUAGCAUCUCCAGACGAAAAAGAACAAACAGCAGAGUUCUACAUAUCCGCAUCCCAUCAAGCGCUUCGAGUUAUUAACUAUCUUGGACGACCCUCCCUACGGACCAUGCAGACCAUGAUUCUCAUUAUCUAUUUCCUUAUGAACGACAAUCAUGCCUCAGAUGCCUGGGCAUUUGCCGGCAUCUUGACUCGUCACGCUUAUGCUUUGGGACUCAAUCGCGAUCCAUCAGUCAUUGCUCGCAAUGCACAUCCUUUUGAAAAACAACAACGCCGCAAAUUGUGGCAGGCCGUCCUUUUUCAGGACACAUUUUUCAGCAUCAUCCUGCAGCUCCCGCCCAAUGCUCUCCACAGUGAUUGUCGCCUCGAAGACCUUGCUCCAGAAGUACACCCGUCCUUAACCCUCGACGGAGCCAGCGAUAUCUCGUACAUAACCAGCAUGUGGAAGCUCGCGAACAUCGUCCAAACUAGCGUCUGCGUCCCUCGCUCCCUUGACAUACCUAUCGCCACCCACGCUGUACAGCGUGCUAACCUCAUUGCGAAAUUCGAACGCAUAUAUUUCUCCGUGCCGAAGCCAUUCCGAAACUUCAAUGAAGCCGCCAUAUGCGAGCUAGCCUCACGGAGCAAACGGCUCGCCCGGCAAGCGUUGUUCCUGACCAGUAAUUACUAUCAUUGUCUCAUGCUAAUCUACGCGGAUGAGCAUGAUGACUUGGAGUUAGAUGUUCACGGUACGCUUGACGCCGCGCACCAAGCCAUCAGCAGUUUCUUCCUUCUGCAUAAGCUCUUUGAAGAUGAGGCUAGGCACCGAGCAUUUUCUGAAGCCUUGGUGAUCGGGGAGUUGGUCAAAAGUAGACCUGACAUGAUCGCGUUCGAUAUUAAGAAAAUGGGUGCUAAAGAUGACUUGCUUCGAAUGAUUGGGAUCCUUGGCGUAAUGAGUGAGCAAAAUGUAGUAGCAAGGACGAGGGUUUCUGUUUUGAGCAAGUAUAUUUGA